UUCGCCUUCCGCCCCGAAAUGUUGCCUCUCCCGCUUCUGUCUUGUCAUUAGACGCGGCCGAGGCGGGUCCUUCCCACCUGCGUCACAAGAGCCGGAUCUUAAUGCUGCACCUUUCUCCUGCUCUCGGAGUUGCCGUGGUGACGCAGUUCUGAGGUUAGAAACUGGGAGGCCUGCAAAUCUUAUCAUCUACAAUACAGAAUUUAAGGAUUGGACCUUCAAAGAAUCAAGGGAUCUAAAUAUCUAGCCCAAUGUUGCUCUCACUGCAGGAAUCUUCUACUACAGUAUCCCUAACAGAUGGCCAUCCAGUCUGUUUCAACACUUCCAGUACCCCCAAGGCACUCUGUACCAUUGUUGAUUUUUUUUCUGACCACUCACCAAAAUCUAUUUUAUUAUUUAAACCCUUGUUUCUUGUCCUACCGGAACAAGUUGGCUCUGCCUUCUACAUGGAACCCUUUCAGACAGUUAUCAUGCUACUCAAUAUUUUUUUUCUCCAGGCGAAAUAUAUUCAACAACUCCAACUGUUUUUUCUUCCCCUUCUAGCCUCUUGGUUACCUUUCCUUUAAUAAUGAUCUAAUUCAUCAAUUACUUCCUAAAACUCAGUGCUCUGAAUUGGAUCCAAUAUUGUAGGUGCAAUCUGACUGAUGCAGAAUAGAAAGGCAUAAUGACUUCUGAAUAUUUGUGGGUGCAGCCUAGGACUGCAUUCACAUCUUGGUAGUUGCAUUUCUGGCUCAUAUUUAGUUUAAGAACCACAAGACAUCCAGAUUUUUUUGGUGUGUAUUAUUACCGAACAAGGUCCUCUCCUGAACCCGUCGAAUUGAGAUAGCCUGGUAUCAUCCCCAAACUUGGCAAGCUGUCUGCUUAUCCCUUGUAGUAAACAGAAAGGCAAGCUUACCCCACAUUUAUUGAUGCCCAGGCAUGUCUGAGUUUCAAUUCACAUUGACUCAUCUCAGACAUAGAAUUCCCAUGUGCAUGAGGGAAAGUUGCAUAUCCAGGUUACAAACAAAAGUUACAGUAUCCAAAUCUCUCCCUUUCUGCAAGACAGGAUAGGUUAUUUUUGAAAGCAGUGCAAGAGGAUUCUGAGAAAAUGAGCAAGCUGCUCUUCAUUUUUCUUCCUUUGGAGUGAAUGGUAUUUUAUUUAUAUCCCUCCUUUUAUUUUUAUAAAAAACAUCCUUUGUCCUUCUGUUCUCCCUACAACAGCCCUCUGUUGUGGCUUGGGCUGAGAGAGAGAGACUGACUCAGUUUUCCAGCAGGUUUUUCGUACCAAAAGCAGGACUAGAACUCAGUCUCCUCGUUUCUAGCCUGGUGCUUUAACUACAGGCUCCACAAACCAUAAAGUCGCACCCUAGGUGGGAAGCAGGGCUAGGAUAUGCAUUGCCAGAGCACGGCUGGAAAAGGGUGUUUGAAAUCUCCAGUGUUCACCUACUGCAAUGCAUUUGAUGGAUGAAUUCAGCCAGUUAGUUUAUUCAAUAAGCCAUAGUUGAACAGCUGAGCUAUUGUGUCUUGCAAGCUAUUCUAGAUGCACGGUCACAAAAUCUUUGGAAAACGUUCACGCAAUCAAUCGCAGCUCGUGAGAAGCAAGAAACAAACCCAGAUUACGAUGCAACACUUGAACUUGUUUCAAACUGCAGAUCUCGCGAUGUCGUUAAUAUCUUAAGAGGCAGGUGGGCGGGGUUUCCUCCCGCGUUCGCGAACGAUUGGUCAUCUGGUUUCGCCUCUGUUACGACGGAAAGCGCCACGUUCUGCUCAGAACAGAAAAAAAGGAGGAGAAACACCCAUGGCCCGGCAAGCGGUCGACGCCAGGAGAAAGUGGGCGUGGUUUUCCUUACGGCGGCUAGCCAAUAAACGAGUGGUGCGCGCGCUCCGCAUUUCGGCGUGGAGUGGCGUGCCCUGCGCGCGCACAGGGGCGAGGAGUCUCCUGCCGGGUCCGCCUAAGCGAGGGCUGGGCUAAGAUGGCGGCGCCCGUCCUGCUGCGAGUCUCGGUGCCGCGCUGGGAGCGGGUGGCCCGCUACAUCGUGUGUCUGGCCGGGAUUAUUCUUUCGCUCUACGCCUGCCACCUGGAGCGUGAGAAGGGUCGCGACCUCCAAUACCAGGCACUCUGUGACCUCAGCGAGCGUGUCCGGUGCUCCUCUGCCAUCUCCUCCAGAUGGGGUCGAGGAUUUGGCCUACUAGGCUCCAUUUUUGGAAAAGACAGUGCAAUAAAUCAACCAAACAGCGUUUUCGGUCUUGUAUUCUAUAUACUGCAAAUGUUGCUUGGUAUGACAGCAAGUGCAGUAGCAGCGCUGGUCCUCAUGAUGUCCUCCAUAGUGUCAGUAAUAGGAUCUUUGUACUUGUCUUAUAUUCUGUACUUUGUGCUGAAGGAAUUCUGCGUUGUCUGUGUUAUCACAUACUUGCUGAACUUCGUUCUCUUGAUCAUCAACUACAAACGACUAGUAUACUUGAACGAGGCCUGGAAACGGCAGCUCCCACCCAAACAGGAUUAACUGCUUUGCAAACUUUUGACUGACAGUUUGAAGGCCCGGCUUCCGUUUAUGUUUAUUUCACAGUAAAAAGAUUUUUUUAAAAAAAAUAUUAUUCAUAUCACUUGCUUUCCCCAGGAAUCAUAGCUAAUUCAGUUAGAGUGACUCAAAGGAUAGGGGCCCUGGGUAACUUCUCAGUCAAUAGCUAUGGCGAGGAACUGUUUGCAAAAGUCUUAACCUGAUCAGAGACAAGCUUUAACUCUACUUUGAAGGAGUUCACAGAGACAUAUUCUUUACUCCUUCUUUACCCUUCCUCAAAUAUUCCAGGUAGACUAUAGGAAGUCUCCCAUCUCAGUGUGAAUUGAGGUGAGGGAAGUCUUAACUGGGAAAUCAUGAUUAUUCUAGACUUUAUAGGUACCAUAGGAAAACAUUGCCCUGUUUACAUUAUGUGUAUUGAUAGCCAAGGGCAGGGGUCUGCACACUUGGCUCCUUUAAGACUUGUGGACUUCAACUCCCAGAGUUCCUCAGCCAGCAAAGCUGUCCACAAGUCUUAAAGGAGCCAAAUGUGCAGACCCCUGGCCAAGGGAAUUUGACCACAUAGAUGCAACUAAAAACACUUACCACAACUUGGUGCAUAGUGGUAGAAAAGAUUGGCUAUGUCCUGGCAAAGAAAAAAGGUCAGCACAGGUCAGCCAGGUGAUGACUUGAAGCAUAACUUUGAAGAAUGGUUCAUUGUGUUAUUGAGGUUUUUUUUAAAGGAAAUUGAAAUUAGUUUGUUUCCCUGGAGACGAUUUGCAACAAAAGAUCUUUGCCGAGAUGCCUUUUUUCCCAGGAUAUGUCUAAAGAAAGGGAAUUCAAUAGCAUAAAAAAACACACACCCUGAACUAAGUUGGGUUUCCUUGCAACAUCCAAACUGUUUGCUGUGCUUGGAAACAAUCUUUGUCUGGGGAUGUUUAACAAGGGGGAAUGGGGCAUCUUGAGUCCUUCAUCAGUAGGAAGCCUGUACAAAUGGAGUUUGAGGGGCAGAAUUGGCUGUGUACUUCAGAAGAUGUGAAACAGCCAAAUAGUGUUAACCAAUUUGAUUAUAAUAUUUCUAGCUGCUGUAUAGAAUUACAACUAGACACUGGAUCCCAGUAACCCAUUGGGUAAACGAAUGCACUGAAGAAUUGGGAUGCAGUCCCUCUGCGAGCUCUUUUGUACAUAAGUUCCACAGAAGUGAAGAGGGGGGUGUAUAAAGAAAUGUCAAUGGAGGGUGUUUUGAUGUUCCUAAGAAAUUCCCCUUCAUUUAGUGAAGCUUGUAUAGGAAACCCAGAUUAUGGACCUAAAUAGAUUUAUAUCUGUAGAGGCAGAGCCAUUUCAAAUUCCUACAUACAAAUUUGGCUGAGGCUUAGGGAGAUGUACAUUGACUCUUCCUCCACCCCCACCCUCCCCAGUUAGGGUAAAGGAAAUAAAUGGUAAACAGAAUUGGCCCAAGAUUCUAUUGGUUCUAUUUGAAAGAGCAAGUUGAAAUAAUUUCCCAUUCAUAUUGUCCUAAAAUACAGUGUUUUUUUUAAAAAAGUGCCUUCUGUCUUACAAACCAAAUAUUGGGGGUGUUUGAAAUUGCCAGGCAGAAGGGUUCUUGCUUAUAUAUAUAUAUAUAAUAUUUUUGAUGAAUCAGACCUUUGCAGUAUGUGGAAGGUGAUCCAUUGGGCUUCUCUUAUACCCAGGCACUCUGGCAUCAUAAACGGUUCCUUGUAGGGCAUACCUGGAGGUUUGGGGGUAUUUUUUGACAGGCAGGCUGCUGACCUGAUUGGGACAGCUUUGAGCUCUGCAGUCCGUGCUGGCUUCUGCUUUUCCUGCUGGAGUACUUUAGAAAGACACAUUUUUUUCUCAGAACAUAAAAUUUUGUUUGCUAUAAUUAGAUUUAGGGCUUCGUUUACCCAGGAGUCUCAGCAUGCCUCGGUAUGACAAGGAAGCCUUGGAGGACCGUUGCAGUUUCUGAUAUGACAGCUGGGCCAUAAACUGUUCCAAGAAAACCAGAAGAGCUACUCCUUAGCAAGGUUGCCAUGUUUCUUCCUGCGGUGGCAGACCGAGGAAUCUGUUGCAGCGGCCUGUUUAACAUUGGAGUGCAAGAAGGUACCAGAAGCUUCCGGAGAAUGAAUGAGUUACAGGACUGAUAGGAUCAAAAAGAUGUGCUCGGUGACUAAGCAGCUUUUGGAAGCAAAAUGCAAUCUGCCAGUGUCUUCUUGUGAUGCGUAUUCACCAGUUGGGAUCCUUGAGAUCAUUAAGACAGUUCUUCUGCUCACAUGAUGGAACACAUUUGGAAGACUUGUAUUAAGGGUAGAAAGCAAUUUUGGCAUCUAUUAUAGCAGAGAUAGCCGUACACUUGGGGUCGUAACAGGCUAACUAAAAAGAUCAGGUCAGGCCAGAAUAUAUCCAGAAUACAACAAAGGGCGUUGUUGCCAAAAAACUUGAAUCCUGUUGUUUUCAUACCAUUGAUGUUUGCUCUUGCUUAUGCCCAAGAAGAGUGAUCUUCCCGAAAAGCUCCCUUUUAAAAUUCCAGUCUGCGUCUAAAGUCUUUCCUCUUUCUGAGUCCUCUUCUGAGUCAUUUUCUUUUAAAAAAUCAGCAUUAAGGUAUAAAUGCAAUUCUCCUUAAUGUUUUGUAAAAGUGCAGGAUUUUAUUUUCCAAUGGGAGCAGCAUCUGCUGAAGAUGGGAUGUCUGACAGUAUUUAUGGUAAAUGCCUGCCAAAUGAACAGUCCAGUUGGUUUAUGUACAGAACUAUGGUGGAACGCAAGUCUAAUGGAGGAAGACAGGUGUUUAUGGUUUUUAUAUAUAUAUAUAUAUAUGUAUGUAUAUAUGUAUUAAAAAGAAAACACUAAAUUCUGCUUGUUGUCCUUGUCAAAGAGUUUCUCAGAAAUGCAUUUUGUAUUAACCAGAGUACAGUUAAAGCUUGUCUUGAAUUUUGAAAUUAGAGCUGAUGGGGGGAGUAUAAUUUACAAUUUUUGUUACAUUUGGUAUGUGGAGAAUAUUUUCAAGUUUAUACCCUCACUGAUAAAAUUUUAUUUUACGACAUUAAUGUAACAUAGUGUGAGGCUUUAUUUUUUUACAUGUCUACAGAUGAGAUGGAGCUUUUCUAUCUUUCUAAGUAGAGAUUUCCAUUAUCUAUACUGGGGUGGGCAAAUAUGGCAACUUCAUGACCUGUGGACUUCAACUCCCAGAAUUCUUGGGUCAGCUCUGAAAUUCUAGGAGUUGAAGUCCAUAGCUCAUAAAGUUGCAUAGUUGCCUAUACACCAGUGUCAGUUAUAGGGGGUACAAGGAAGUUGUAGUUUUCUUCCUAGGACUUCCCUUCUCCUCCAAUUCCUUGGGCAGGAGUGCAAGCAGACCCCAUUUUUCCCCUCUGCUGAAAAGUUACCUGUUCUGCUCAUUUCUCUUUCUAAGUCAAUACCUUUUACAUGUUGACUCUACUUUUUUCUUGUUCAAGAGCAGAGGUGUGAAGGUAUGAGUCAUCUUGUGUACUUUGAAGCAAAAUCCUGACUUCUGUACUCUUCUCCCCCAUCUCCCAAUUUCAGAAGUAUUCCGUGGUGUUAAACGGUCUAUGCAGCCAUAGUUUGUGUUGGAUGAGUUGUUCUCAAGCAGGUCCCCUUCAGACAUGUUGCCCCCCCCCAACUCCCAGAAUUCCUGGACAGCUGCGACACUUUGGGCUAAGGGCCAAACAAGACAAGAUUUUGAAGUAGAGAUUGUAGGGCACCCUUUGUCCAAAUGGAAAAUUGGUCCUUCUGAGUGCUGGGCUGUGAGAAGCAAGCCAACAUUUUUAACACAGUGGAGCCUCCCCUGCUCGUGCGUUGUAAUAUUUGUAAGCCUUCCAACAAGCAGGUGGUGGGCAAAUUUCCCUGCAGGUGUGGACUCUCUGCUGCCUUCCCUCUUCUUCCAUAAAGGUAAUUGGUUCUCUCUAAGAUGGCAAUAUUACUAGGUUGCUUGGCCGUAUUCCCAAACCUAUAUGGAGGAUGGAACAUGCAGCAUUUCCAUGUUUUUCGCAAGUGCAGCUUUCACUCUGCUUCGCUCCCAAUUCCUUUCUUUGAAUUUGGAAAGCCUAGGAGCUCCAGCCUGCUCUUUGGUUCUGCCUCAUCACCUCAGUUGCUUCUAAUUUUAUGCCAGUGAGGAAGGAGGAAAACUUUUUCAGUGACAAAAAGUUUAGGGUUUUGUUUUUUUAAUAACUGUCCCAGGAGGUAGUUUUCUUGAAGAUCAAUUUAAUUCUCCCUACCACCCCCGCCCCCCAAAUCUACCACUUCUCUCCCACUUGUUGAUGGCUCAGAAGAAAGAGCCCUGACCUCUUUUUCCAGGAAAUCAAGGUUUCCAUAGGUCAGACAAGCGUUUUUCCUAAGAUUUCUUAGAAAUCUUCAUACCUGGGAGUAAGUAUGGUUCUUAGUGCUUGUAAUGAAGUUUUGAAUGGAUGAUGGCUUUCUUGAGAUACCAGAAAAUGUAUCCAUGAAGCAGAUGGCUCCAUUGCAUCUAGAAUGUUGCCAUUCCCAGGAAAGGUUUCUGUCACCUGAUUUUCAGGCGGAAUCAAGGAGAAGUAGCAAGAGAAAUCUAUACCCUUGGAAGAGGAAUAUUUCUACUAAGGCAACUCUUUAAGGAAAACGUCAAGUGUGGGCUCUAGUCCAGGAUUAGAUGAAAGUUUAAGAAAAUAAUUACUUUGGGGCUCAAUUCAAUUUCCUGAUUCAAAACAAAGUCAAAAAUGAUUUUCUUUUUGCAGAUUAAUAUCUCCUGAUCUGUAUGAACAAAAAUUGGUCAAAACAAAUUAAACAUUUGCUUGGAUUCUUUCAAGACCAAUUAAACAUGACCUAGUAAAACUAGUAAAGAAAAAAAAGAUGAAGUAUUCCGUUUCCAUUUUUUAAAAAAAAUGUAUUAAGCAUGGCCUAAAUAUUCAAUGUGUGUUCUGUCUCGUAUGUUUGAUCUGACAACUUUUUGAUGUGCUUCGAGCUCCAGAACUUCUCCAUCUCGAUUGGAGUCAUUCCAUUCUUAUUUUUUUUUAUUUUUUGGUUCAACAUAGGACUGUGAUAUUCUGAGAUUGAAAUUCAAUUUUGCUAACAGGGGAAUUAAAACCAUGUAAAUAUUGUAAGAAUGUUUAUUUGUUGCACAUAACUUUUUUGGUAUAAAAAUAAACGUAGAAAUUAUCUGUG